GCGGAGAGGAUGCGACGCACCGUCGACCUCAAAGGGCAUGGCACCACACGUAUUUGUGCGAACGACGAGGGAGCCGCGAUACUCGAUGUCAACACGCUGAGGGAUCACGCCAAUACGUUUAACAACAUGCAGGAAGGUGCUGGCCUACGCUUGAAACCCCAAAAAUGCAAGCUCAUGCCUCUCUACGCCUCAUUCGUGAUCCAGAUGAUUGAAUCGAUCCGGGAUCAGCUGCUGGCGAUCGUCCCUGAGUGGGUGCAGUUCGCCAUCAUCAACGCUGCGCUGUACCUCGGGUAUCUCAUGGGCCCCAGCGUAACGGACGAGAAAAUGGCAGCAUCGAGCAGACGCAUGCUCCAAAGCUAAAGGCCCCACCACAUCUACGAUCAAGGAGUACAACACCAAGGCUGUUCCCACCGUGCUCUACGUUGCCCAAUUUGGACUCCCGCCGCGCACUCUCGUGCAGACCGAGAACGGCAUAAUCAACAUGCUCUGGCACGUGCCGCCCUCAACUUUCACUACUCGUGGAAAGUCGCGAGCGUCCGAGUUCGGGGUCGCCGACGUCAUCUCCGUCUCUCUGGCCUGCGUCGCCGCGCUGAUCCGCGCUGCGCUUGCUACUCUGGACUGGCAUACGCCGCUGGCCGAGCUUCGACAUGCCGAUCUUCGUGCUGCUCCUGAUCGCUCUGUCGCUUGAUCUCGCACGUCCUGUUCCUUGGGCACUACAUUGUAAGACGCCAGCAAUUGCAUGGGCACCUAGAAUGUGUCGCCACCAAAAGGCCUUUGCCUGUCUCCAAAGACCUUCAGAGGGCCAUGGCAGCCGCCGUCAACCAGAUCACGAAGAACCCGGAUUCGAAGAAAGGUGCCCAGAUCUCAUGCUUAAGAAAAUGAUCUUCCAGCCCAGCAUUCGGGACAUGCUCAAGGCCCGUCUGCACAGGCACUGGCCGGAGCACACUAGCGACAUCAACGGCAUCGACUUCGACACCUUCAUUGCCACGAUGAGGAACACUCGCGCUCGCAUCUCGUCCUCGUGCCUGAAAACGCGGAUGGGCGGAUGGACGACAGGUGCCAGACUGCACGAGGGAGUUGCUCACAGGUGCGUCUUUGGCUGCCCUGCGGCGGACGACUGGGCUCACUACGCCGACUGCCUCCCGAUGUGGUCCGCGGUGUACUUCACGCUGGGCGCGCCUCCGCCGACCCGGAGGUUCGAGUGUAUGGGCCUUCGUGCCCAGCGCCCAGAGGACCUCGACCCUGUCGCUUUUGAGACGUACCGCACAGUGAAACACGGACAUCUCCAAGGAGCUCUCGACGCACGUCAACAACAUGAUUACCAAGUACCUCACGCUCUGACGGACCGCCUGGCGAUGGCAGCCGCGCGGCUGGUUCAGUAAACAACCGGCUGUCCUCAGAUGAUACGAGCGUC